UACAUGACCCCGGGAGUUAUUCUUUUAAGCUAUGGGUUCAAGCCGGCCCAACGAUCCCUAGUCGUGUCACACCUAUUUUUUGCUGGCGAUAGUGUGUUCUUUUUCAGGGCCACGAUAUAGGAGAGUACAGAGCUGAAGCACAUCUUAAAUGACUAUGAGAGGGAAUCGGGGCAUCUUGUGAACAUUCAGAAGUCAGAAAUCUCUUUUAAUUCUAAUGUUAAGACUCGUCGGCAACUGGAAGUAGGAGGUGUUCUUGGAGUGAAGUGUGUUUCCAAGCAUGAUAAGUACAUGGGACUUGCGAGAGAAGCAUGUAGAUCGAAGAAGGCCCUCUUUGUAGAGAUUAAAGAACGGAUUCGCAAGAAGCUAAAAGGUUGGAAAGAGAGGGUCAUGUCGUCGGCUGCCAGGGAAAUUUUUAUCAAAUUCGUAGCCCAGGAUCAACUCAAUUACGCAAUGUCUGUAUUUCGGGUGCUUGAAGGUGUGUUGGAUGAGAUCAAUAGCCUGAUCAUCAAUUUCUGGUGGGGGCAACGUGGUACUAAGCAACAGGCACACUGGGUUGGUAAAACAACACUAACGCAACUCAAAGAAGAUGGAGGGAUGGGAUUUUGAGAUAUCAAGGCUUCAAUAUGGCUUUGCUUACUAAACAACUUUGGAGGCUACAUCAGCGGGAAGACUCCCUUGUGGCGAGGAUUAUCAAGGCCAAAUAUCACAAAAAUGGAUCCAUCAUGGAUGCCCAUUGUGGCCAUAGCCGAGUUUGAUCUGGAGAUCGUUGAUGAGUGCCCAGGAAUUUCUUUGCGAUGGAGGGUUGGUGGUGCGAAGGUCAAGAUUUGGGGAGACAAAUGGGUUCCCACAAUAUCAAAGUUGUAUGUCACAUCACCACUAAUGGGGAUGCCAGUGGACGCCACUGUUUGCGAAUUUGUCGACCCAAAAACUGAGGAGAGGGACGUGACGCUGAUUCAAAGUUGUUUCCUGGAUGAGGUGGUCUGGGCCAUUACUCAAAUCCCUUUGCGGGGAGGCAACAAAACUGAUAAGCUUGUAUGGCGACAUAGUGAUUCGGGGGAGUAUGUUGUUCGGGAAGCUUACAGAGUGUGGUUGGAGAGUGAAUCAAAGGCAAUGGGUAUAAGUGCUUUUGGAGACCGAGAAACAUGGAAAAGUAUGUGGGCAAUGAAGGUACCUCCGAAGGUGAAGCACUUUAUGUGGCGUUUCAUGAGAGAUGCUUUGUCGACAAGGGAUCAUGUCAGCACCCGGAGUAAGAAGUGGAGUGACCGAUGUUCGUUCAAUGAUAUUAAAGAAACUCAAGUUAAUCUAUUCGAAGAAUGUGGUUGGACGACCCGUAUUUGGAGACCAACGACGCUAUGGGUUUGUUUUGAAUCAAGAAAUGGUGGCGUUUGUUUUGAGUGGACAAGACAGGUCAUGCAGCAAAUGGGAGAUGACGUGAUGGAAGAAUGGUGUACCUUGAUGUGGUUCUUGUGGAAAGAACGAAACACCCAACUUUUCAAUGGUCAUAAGAACCCGGAAUAUGAAAUUGCCUCUCGAGCACACUACUUCCUAAUACUAAUAGACUAUAAGGAGCACCGGCUCAGUGAGGAAGUCAUUAGAGAAAUGGGAGAGGGCCAGUAUAAGAAGAAUUGGAAGCGACCAUGUCAAGGGAGUAUAUCAGUGGCUACGGAGGCAAGUGUUAUUGCGAGCGGGGGUGCAAGCCUGGGAUUGGUUUUGAGGGAUGAUGCAGGUCGAUUCCUAGCUGCUGCUGCAAAGAAAUUUCAUGAGGAGUGGAGUGUGGAUCAGGCAGAAGCUUUGGCCGCUGAGAUGGGAGUUCAAUUGGCAAGGCAACUGAAUUAUGAUUCCAUCAUACUUGAGUCGAACAGUCAGAACAUUAUCCGAAUCCUUCAAAACCCACACACAUUGCAAACGGAGCUCUGUGUUCUUUGUCGAAAUGUGAGACGUAUGCUUGAUGAGCUGAUGAACAACAGCUGGAGAUUUAUAUUCCGAGAGACAAAUAAUGCAGCCCACAUAAUGGCACAUGCAUAGAGUAGAUGGGAUGAACGAAUGGUCUGGCUUGACAGGCCGCCGGUUUAUCUUAUUGACCAAUUGAUUAGUGAUGAUGUAACGUCGAUUUCUAUUUAAUAAAAGUAUAGCAUGUUUCCAUAAAAAAAAUUAUUUUAAGCUCACCUUUCAAAUUUCCCACCAAAUUUGGGUACGGUAUGGUACAUACCGGCCUUGAGCUGUGGGCUACACAUACCGGCCCAUUAAGAAAGGGACCACUGCGCC